AUGUACUCGUGCGGGAGCCGCGGCGGGCCGCCGGAAGUGACGCACAGGAUCCUAUAAAGCCGGCUGGCGGCCCGAGGGCGGGCUCAGAAGGCUGGCGGGCCGCUAGGAUGGCCGAUGAGGAGGAAGACCCCACCUUUGAGGAGGAAAGUGAAGAAAUUGGAGGAGGAGCAGAAGGUGGACAGGGGAGAAGAAAGAGACUUUUCUCCAAGGAAUUACGGUGUAUGAUGUAUGGGUUUGGGGAUGACCAGAAUCCUUACACCGAGUCCGUGGAUAUUCUCGAAGAUCUCGUCAUAGAGUUCAUUACUGAAAUGACUCACAAGGCAAUGUCGAUUGGAAGACAAGGUCGAGUGCAAGUUGAAGAUAUUGUCUUCCUGAUACGAAAGGACCCAAGGAAAUUUGCUAGAGUUAAAGACUUGCUUACUAUGAAUGAAGAGUUGAAACGGGCUAGAAAAGCUUUUGAUGAAGCCAACUAUGGAUCUUGACCCUGUUGUAAUUUCUGAGAUUUUGAUAUUUUUCUGUGGAAACCAUACAUCAUAAUUGUCUGCAGUAAUAUUGUUAUGGCUAGGCAUGUGAUGAAAGAGGUCCUCAAUUUUAGAUUUAUAACUUGAGCUUUUAUUGCCUUCCUUUAUCUUAUCGUAAUUGAGUUGUUUUCUGGGUUGUAAUGACUCCUAGCUUAAAGUUUAACAAACCAUGCAGUUCAUCUGAAAGGGGAAGCAGUGUUUAGGUAGACUUGUACAUUCUAAGCUGUGUACCAUAGCCGCAUGAUGUGCAAUCUAAGCAUCCUUUUGACCUUUGUGAGAGCUGAGGGGUGUGCUGUAUAUAUCCAAGUUUUUAGACAGUGGCGGGAGACGUUAGUAAAAACAAUGAACUGGCUUGUGUUUCUUUUAAGGAACUGAAAGUUCUUAUGAGAGUGUUUAUGUUUUAAUAGAUCAUUUGUUUUACUAGUUUUUUGUAAAGUACACUUUUUUUUUUUUAAGAAACUGAUAUUUGCUAAGUGUUAGUGGACCUCAACUUCACUGAAGGCAGGAAAGCUUCUAAAAACAAAUGCCUGCGAUAGUAGGAAUGGCAAAGCUUACGAAGCUGAGGUCAGGACAGGCAUUGUGGGUUGUGGUCUGUUGACAUGAAUGUAAGGGUUUUCAUUGUGAAGAUGUGUAGUUGAUUAAACCCAUAUGUGGCUGUGCACACCAUUUUGUAGUUCAGGAUAUGCAGGCUUUGUGUGUAUUUAGCUUACUGCAUUAAAUUAUUAUUCUGUGUAGCUUGUAAUAAGGAUUAGAAUUGCAUUUAAGGAGGUUACUGAAUGUUUCUCUGAAACUUAUUGGUGCUUCUUAACUUCUCUAAAUCAGGACUUGGGGAAAUACUACCUGUUUAAUCUGUUAAUACAAGGAAUAAAGAAUGGAAAAUUAAACAUGCUAA